GCUUGUUACUUGCAGCUGCCACUUGCUCAACGCUAAUUAAGAUAGUCACGCCCCCAAAGGCGGUACGUGCUGCGUGACGUCACAGCCUCGCGGAGUGGAUUAGCGAACUGUGGGCUGUUUUGAGAAAAUCUGGACUGACCUGCUAAAAAAGCGAGACUCUUGAGCGUUAUGCCGUAGUUUCUGUGUGAGCGGCGCAGGGCAGUACCGGAGGGGAAUCAUGGAGUACUUACUCCAGGUUAAGCUGGGCUGCCUGUUUGGGCUGCUGUUUCUCACUCUGUUAUUCGGGCUGGUGCCUUCCAGAGUGAAAUGCUUCCGGGAAGGGCUGGAAAGAGAGGCGCAUCAGAGAUGGAUAAGCUUCAUAAGCUGCCUGGCAGGAGGAGUCUUCUUGGCAGCCUGCCUCUUGGAUAUUCUUCCUGACUUUCUGAGGGACAUAAAGCAGGAGAUGAUCAAUCAGCAAAUAAUAACUGACUUUCCGCUCCCAGAGUUUAUUCUAGGCACUGGAUUUCUGAUGGUUCUGAUAGUAGAGCGUAUUGUUUUGGACUGCAGCGAGGUCAUGAGUGAAGAGACUACCCCGCUUCUCUCUGGCAAUGCUAAUUCACCAGCUAGGCAAGAGCAGCCUCGUGGCCAUUCACACAGCGGUCAGCAUAACGACAUCGAGAACCCAAGGCACCACUUCCAUGUGGAUUUCCAUGCUCACUCCUCCUUCCGUUCCUUUGUACUCAUAAUAUCACUGUCCCUGCAUUCAAUCUUUGAAGGGAUUGCUAUUGGGCUCCAGAAUGUACAGUCAGAGGUUCUACAGAUAGCUGUUGCUAUUCUUGUCCACAAAAGCAUCAUCGCAGUGAGCCUAUCCCUCCUCUUGCUGCAGAGCAGUGUGCAAACUCGGUGGUUUGUACUGUCUAUUGUUAUGUUUGCACUUAUGUCUCCCCUUGGAAUCGGUAUAGGUAUUGGGGUGAUGCACAAAAGUGAUGAAAACAGAAUGGUCCAAUGUGUGCUAGAAGGCUUGGCUGCUGGAACCUUUGUCUAUAUAACCUUCCUAGAGAUUUUGCCACAUGAACUCAAUUCUAAUAAAUGGCGCCUGCCAAAAGUCAUUUUUAUAUUGUUGGGGUUCUCUGGGAUAGCAGCACUAAGAUUCUUGGGGUAAACGUCUUUAAACAAUGGCGUGCAGUGAGACUUACUGCCUCCUCUGUCCCUCCUGGAAAAUGAAGAGAUGGGGGGGGGGGCUCCUUUUCAAAGCUUUGUGGUAUUGUGUGAUAACCCCCUCAAAGCAGUCUGUAAACCGUUACUGAUGUACUGCUGAAAUUCAGCAGGGUUAAUCAUUAUAUUAAUGUACUGUAGUCAAAAACCUGAAAAUUGCCAUAGUUCUUUAUCAUUUUUUUUUCAUUUGUAAUUUUUAAAGCUUUUAAAUAUUGUGGGGAAGUUGUCAGAU